UUGACUUAUUUUUACUUGCGCCUGGCAGGACCAUGUUUUGUUUGGUUGGAUCAUGCAUAAGACGACAAGGCAUAUAAGUUCAAGCAAGUUUGAGUGGUGGCGAUGUGAAUAGCGAAUUGUGAUGUGUUGAGAUUUUCGUGCAGUGAAAAGUGUUAAAUAUUCACUCUGUGAUCUAAUCAAAAUUGAACUUUUAAAAAACGGGCAAAUCCUCUACCAAAAUCGAGUGUAAUUCCUCCUUUCGACCAAGCAGAUAUUGUCGUACCUGCAGCCAAAGAUGGUUAAACUUUAUGCUUUGACGAUUUUAUACAAAGGGCCAACGUCAGCGACAGCCCUAAAAUCAGCCUACGAAGUAGACGCUUUUUCGUAUUUUCAAAGAGGUAGUGUCAAAGAGUUUAUGGCAUUCGUCAGUAAAACCAUAACAGAAAGGACUCAAAUUGCUGCCAGACAAAGUGUAAAGGAAGGAGAGUACAUGUGCCAUGUUUACGUAAGAGGAGAUAGUCUCGCAGGAGUUCUUAUAUCUGAUCACGAGUAUCCGAAUAGAGUUUCGCACACGUUAAUCACGAAAGUAUUAGAUGAAUUUGCAGCGAGGUAUCCAACGGAUACGUGGCCCACAUUAAACGAAUCGGCAGUCGAUUUUCAACAAAGUAACGUUUACCUGGCCAAAUAUCAGAACCCGAGAGAAGCAGACGCUCUUACGAAAAUGCAGAACGACUUAGAUGAAACGAAAAUCAUUCUGCACAGUACAUUGGAGGCAGUUUUGCAACGAGGGGAAAAGCUCGACGAUUUGGUUUCCAAGUCGGAGGGCCUUAGUAUUCAGUCAAAAGCCUUUUACAAAACAGCUCGUAAGACUAAUUCCUGCUGCAGUUUAACGGCUUAGAAAAUUUAUCCGAGUAUCAUAAUUUUCAUAACCAUCGUGUCACUCUCAAUGUGCAAGAAAGUAUCCUUCAGAGAAUCUGAUGUCAAUGUUGGUCGAUUCCGUGAAUGUGAGAUAUGUUUAGGAUGAACCAAAGAAUCAUCUUUAAAAAUGAUUUCAGAAUCGUUUGCGGAAAGGUUUUGUGUACUUUAAAAAAAUGUGACAGUGCCAAAACUAUGUUUUGUAAAUAGAACGGUAUACUUUGCUCUAUUCAAUGAUUUUCUCAGAUCUAUGUUUCAUGAUGAAACUUAUCCGAUUUCCAUGAGAUGAGCCGAUUAUUUCCAUCUUAUGAAAUUUGUACUAGUAAACGGCUCUAUAUGAAAUAACAUUCCGAAA